AUGCUAUCUGAAAUUAAGGAAGCCGGCCCUGGAUUUGAAUAUUUCUUAAAAACUUUCUGUAAAGAUUGGAAUGCAGUUCAGUAUCAUAAAGCAUGGAAAGAUGGCAAUUUGGCUACCCAUAGAACUACAUCUUCACAUGGUUAUGGACUACGUCUCCGCUGUUAG